AUGGAGAUGUCGCUGACACAGUCAUCAUCACUGGUCAUUGCUACUGGCCUGGAAGAUGAUGCUGCAUGGCCGGAGCCGGAUCGCGUAGGUCGUCAGGAACUGGAAAUUCUGCAUAAUGAUGAGCACAUCUCAUUCACAACAAGCAAAAUUGGUUCUGCGGCAGACGUGAACAAGAGCAGAGACCCCGACGGGCUGAGAUCGUUCUAUUAUUUAGUGCAGGAUUUGAAAUGUAUGGUUUUCUCGUUGAUUGGCAUGCACUUCAAGAUCAAGCCUAUCUGA